AUGGUGCUAGUGUCACGUAUCUUUAUUAGGUUGUCCAGUUCUAAAGAUGUUUGUCUAGCUCUAGAGAGUUUGUGGGACAUUGGUACAGAACUAGGGUCAUCAGUAAAGACAUGGAGACAUCAGUACAGACAUGGAGACAUCAGACAUCAGUACAGACAGCUGAUCGUGUCUGACGUCAAUGAACAUCCACCAGUCUUCGACCCAGGUCGCUUUUACAGUUUUAACAUCAGUGAGGCCACUAGUGUGGGCAGCAGCGUGUUCAGUUUACGACAGAUGGCCACAGACAUGGACAUCACCGGACAGGUGGCUUUCUACUCGCUGCAACCCUGCCUGCAGGCGCAGGGUGACGGGCGCCAUUUCUUCCAGAUAUCAGAGGACGGCAGUCACGUGAUAUUGUCGCAGCCUGUGGAUUUCGACGUCCUUCAGAGACAGGGCCGGCUGACCUUGACACUCAACCUCUCAGCAACGGAUAACGGAUCGCCACUGGCCCUUUCAUCCUUCACAACACUGACCGCCCAUGUCAGUGACGUCGACGAUCAGGGCCCAGCAUUUGUCUAUCGCGACUGCCCAAGGGUAGACAAUUUCUGCAGUGUACCCUACUUUCAGGCGGCCAUCAAAUGUGGAUUUUGGGGACCGCUGAGACUAUAUCCAGGCGCUAUCCAGGCGGUGGACAGGGACACACAGAACUACUCCAUCCUCUACAGCAUCUCGCCAGUGGAACCCGACAUGUUUGCAGGUAAUCUGCACAUCGAUGCACGGACAGGAGAGGUUCAUGUCGAGGCCGUGCCAUGUCCGAACAACAUGCAGGAGAUUCUGCUGACUGUCACUGCCAGAGAGAGUUCGCCCCUGGGACACAGCAUCUCCACACACAUCCAGAUCAAACUUGUAGACAGUCUGGUGUUUGCCAACAUCGCCUGGAAUUUGCCAGAGGCCACUGAUAAUAGAGCCAGCUCCAGCUCCUCGCUGUCGUUGACUGUGCUUCUAAUUGUACUGCUGGCAUUUAUUAUAGUUGGCAGUGUUCUGGCCGUGGUCUCUGUUCGUGUUUCCCGCAAGAGAAAACAAAACAAGAUUGAGAGCACAGCAACGAGUGCAACAAUGGAAACCAACGACUGCCACCGGUAUCACACCGAGCUCUCCAAGGCCUCGUCUUGUCUCCAGACUUAUGCCUACAACUGUAGCCCCAAUUUAUCACAGUCUAGUGGCUGUAACAAUAUUCCGGCCACACCAACAGUCAGAGCUGACAGAUCAGUGGAGACAUUUGUACCAGCAUCUACAGGAGACAUGUGCACAGCCUUCAUGACGGCAGAAAACAAUCUAUUCCCGGCCGAUGUCUACUUCAGUCCCAGUCCAUCUAUCCCAGGACGGUCGAACCUGAACAGUUUCUAUGACCCCAACUGCAGUUUUGGCUCGAUGAAACAUGAAAGAAUAUUAAAAGGAAGCAGGCAAGCGGGUCAGCUCAAGCUGACACUGACAGAUGAAUUUCCCCAGAAUGUUAGAGCUAUGGCUCAAAAAGUUUGCUUUCACAACAACACUUUCAACCACUCAAACGUUUGA